GCAACAUCUCUCUGUUUGCUUUCUCUCCGGAGGCCGUGCGAUUGUCGUUACGUUUAGACACAAUGCGUUACCUCUUAUCGGGGAGUGUGGCGUGGUGUCUCCUGAGCCUUUGCAACGGAGGUCUCGUCUUCCCGUUCAACUGGCUCGUCCACUCAGCUGGCCCUCUCUUCACUCCGCCUGCUCCACUUCCCGCUUUGCUGGGCGUCGUCCCUCUCACUGGAGGCCAAAUCUUGCCUUCGAUCAUCGUUAGUUUGUUGGCUAUGAAGGGCGCUUUCAUCAUCGGCUACUUGAUCUACGAAGCUGCGGACUACAAGGACGUCAAGCAGUUCCGGUUCCCCCGCUCCGUCAGCGACCACGAGACGCUCCUGAUCUCCACCGUCAGCCAGCUGGACCAAAAUAACUGCAUCCUCAAACUUAUCUGCCAACUCCACACGAAGGCAGAAGAAACGCGGACGGCGCAGGAAAAUGUUAUCGUGGAUCUUUUCUCGUACCACUUGGAUGCCUUCGCUCAUGUGGCCAACGCAUCCGUUUUCCUUCCCGGUAAUGAGAUAGAUAGCAACGCCUUGGAUGUAGGGAUGUGUGAUUCCUACUUCAGUAAUUGUCCUUUCGCGGAAGAGCAUUUGAGAAGUCUCCUGCAGUACGUAUGGAGCUGCGGAUCCCCCACACUAUAGGAUGAAAAGACAAUUCGUUUUACUGUUUGUCUAGUCAGAUCUCACUUUUUUGGCCAGUGUAAAGUCUUGUCAUCGUUUUGAAUCGUAUGCCAAGAUGUUUCUCCUAUUUAUUUUUUUCCCGUUGAGUUUGCAGUUAAGGGCAAUCUGUUCCUGGGGAUGCUAGCAGUCUGUCUUGGUUUAGUAGAAACGAGAACAGAAUCUUGUCUUACGCAAGGGCAAUUUAUCAACAGAGCAUUUAACAACGAUUGCAACAUUUCUCAGGUUUCAUCCGAAUCCAACGGCAUUUCUCUUCUUUGUUAGGGAGAAUUUUACAGAUGUUACUCGCUAUUUAACUUUUUUUUUGCUGUAUAAAACAUAUUUCCACUUGUUUCAUGAUCAGCUUAUUUAUAUACAUACGUCACCAUGUAAUUCAGCAUUCAUCUUUAUAAAUAAAAUGUAUAUAAG